UUUUUUUUCUUCUUUCUCCCCCUUUAAGCUCCACUUUUUGCUUUGUUUCUUUGUUCCUUUCUUCUUUACAUACAUAAAAUGACGGUUGCGCUAAAAACUGAUACCCCCGCAACCGUAACAACUACAACAGCACCAAUACACGACGAAGAGGAAGACGAAGUACCAAUGGAAAUUCCAGCUCCACCACCAUCUUACAGCAUGCCUUCGCGAUUGCGAUCGUUAUUCGUUGGUGGCGGGAUAACAACAGAUAAUGCUACCGCCCACGCACCUACGACAUCACCGCCACCGCCAGUGGCCUCAUUCACCGUGCCCCAAGAUCUCGACGGUACUAUUGGACCACAAAAGGGGUUCAAGAGCAAUUCAUGGCUCUCGUCAUCCCUCGGCACGAAAAAUAAGGCUAUUCGGCGUGUUGCCUCGGCACCAAAUGCUAAUAAACUAUUGCAAUCGAGCAACAAGCAACACCCACCUUCUUCACUUCAUUUGCAGGUUGUUGCGGGCGGUGCUGACGGCGAUAACAAGUUUAGCUCGUCAAUGGCUUCUUUGCAAGGACGAGGUCGCGGUUUUCGACGCACUUACUCAUCCAACAGUAUCAAGGUCAAAAAGGUUGAAGUUGGACCUUCGAGCUUUGUCAAAGUGCGUAUGCUCGGCAAAGGCGAUGUUGGAAAGGUUUACAUGGUGAAACAGAAAGGAACAGAAAAGCUAUUUGCCAUGAAAGUGCUUUCGAAACGUGAGAUGAUCAAGCGUAACAAGAUCAAACGCGCCUUGGCAGAGCAGGAGAUCUUGGCUACAUCCAACCAUCCAUUCAUUGUUACCCUGUAUCAUUCCUUUCAAAGCCAAGACUUCCUGUAUUUUGUCAUGGACUAUUGUAUGGGCGGCGAGUUCUUUCGAGCACUGCAGCUGCGCCCUGGGAAAUGCCUCGACGAGAAUGGUGCGCGAUUUUAUGCGGCAGAGGUGACAGCUGCUCUAGAAUAUCUUCAUUUACAAGGUCAUAUCUAUCGUGAUCUUAAGCCGGAAAACAUAUUGCUCCAUCAAAGCGGUCAUAUUAUGCUUACAGAUUUUGAUCUGAGCAAAGGUACAAGUCCGCCUGGGAACCCUGGCGUAGUUAAAUCGUCGUCUCCAAAUCUUCCACCAUCCAUCGACACAAAGAGCUGCGUCAACAGCUUGCGGACAAACAGUUUUGUUGGCACAGAAGAAUACAUUGCACCUGAAGUCAUUCAGGGCAGUGGCCAUACCAGUGCCGUCGAUUGGUGGACAUUAGGUAUAUUAGUGUACGAAAUGCUGUACGGUGUCACACCAUUCAAGGGUUCCAACCGUAAUGAGACCUUCAGCAAAGUACUUCACAGUGACGUUAGUUUCCCAGAGCAGCCUGCGCCCUAUACUAGAAACACUUUAUCGAGUAGCUGCAAGAGUAUCAUACGCAAAUUGUUGCACAAGAACGAACAUCGACGUCUUGGCUGCCGCGCCGGCGCGGCCGACGUGAAAUCACAUCCCUUUUUCAAAUCGGUCAACUUUGCCUUGCUUCGACAUAGCGUACCGCCUAUUGUACCACACGUACAGAAACCAAACGGCAUUGAUGCCAUUAAUUUUAGAAAAAUGCCGCCAGAGAGUCUUAGUUUAGAUCUCGAAUCUGAUAGAGUGGUGACAAAUGCUACUAACCUCUUUGAAAAGUUCCAUUCCAUAACGUUGUACCACGAAGGUGACUCUGACUCUGAAUUCGAGGUCUAGGCCCUCCUUUUGUUCUUCUUCUUCAUCCUCACUCCCAAAUCCCAUUCCUUUGACAUUUCAUAUCAUCUCUGUAGAUCUUUUUUCUCGUUUGUCUGUUUCUCUAAUAUUUUUAUCAUCUGCGUACUACAUACCCUUAGUUCCUUUUAUACUACCCAAAACUCAUCACCAUCUUCCGAUAAUAAUGUGCCUUCCUCUUUAUUAACACCUGCAACCAACCAACACUGUGAUGAUAAUGUAUACACGCUUGUAUGUGCUAUAUACUUUCUCUCUUACUAUUUAACUAUACUUCGAAUGCCACUCUUAAUUUUUCUUUUUCUUAAAAAACCAUUCACACCAUUUACCAUGCUCCAGAUAACAGUAACUGCAAAAAGAUAAC